AUGCUACUUGCACUGGUGUCUCAAUUCACAUCCCCCCUCCCUCCCAUUCUCUCUGCGCCUCCCUUCGCCUGUCCCCUCCUCUCUCACUUGCCCUCCUCUCUCACCUCUCAAUCCCCCCCUCAAACGUUGCUUGCACUGAUAUUCCUCAUGGCCUCCCUCUCCUCCACCUCCCAGCUCCCUUGUUCACGCUCCCCUGUUCACGGUGCUGGUGGUCGUGUGGGUGGCAUGCGGCACAGCAACAGCAGCAACCCCUCCCUCUCACCCCUCGCUUCCCCCAUCCUUCUCCUGCUCCUCCCCCUAAAUUCCCUCCCUCCCUUCCCCCUCCCAGCACCGUUGUUCACGAUGCUGGUGGUCGUGUGGGUAGCAUGCAGCGCGGUGACAGCUGCAUGGCUGCUCUGCUGUGGGACCGGCACUCGCACGCCCCUGUUCACGGUGCUGGUGGUCGUGUGGGUAGCAUGCGGUGCCGUGACAGCGGCAUGGCUGCUGUGGGACCGGCACUCGCAGUAUGAGAGGCACCGGGAGGAGGCGUUAGGCGUGUGGUGCAAGGAACGCGCCCUCAUGCUGCAGCAGCUCGUGCUGGCCCACGCCGGGCAGAUGCAGACUCUGGCGGGGCUGAUAUCUGUGAUGGGAACGCCAGGGCAGCGGGGCAAGUGGGACAUGGGCCGGUGUUUGAACGGCAGCAUGUGGGUGUCUUAUCUCACUCGCAUUGCACAAGCCCGCCCGGGGAACACGGGUGCACUCGCAUGUGCGUUGGUGCGCGAUGCAGAAAGGCCGGCCUUUGAGAAGCAGUACGGCAGCAUCAGAGACAACACGCUGGUUGUCAGUGCCCGCCGCCCCAUCUACUGCCCCAAAAUCCUCGAGCUCACAACGCUCUUUGCCACCAACGGCCCCAGCAACGUCGACAUGUUUCAACGAUUCUAUUCGUUGAUUCCACUCGUGGAGGAGGGAAGGCACUUCUACUCCUGGCCCUACCCCCUCGCCUCCCUCACCCAUGCCGGAUUCGGUGUCGCAUUUCCUCUCCGCAGCAGCCUCCCCACCAACAAAUCGAGGCAAUCAGCAGUGGGAACAGUGUACGGUUCACUUGCUGCAUCCAUUGACGUGACUUACAUAGCACAGCAGGUCUUAGAGGAGCUGUAUGCACCUGACCCAUCAAAGUCCUUUGAGCUAUACGACAUCACCGAUCCAGCCUCUCUCUUCGCCAUUGUCUCCCCAGUCCCCCCUCACGCCUACUUCCGCCCCGACGACAAGCUCCCCUACAUGCACCCCUCUCCGGAGUCCGAAACCCGCCCCUGGGAGCAUCGAGCAGUGGUGCCUCUAGUUGAGAUGGGGGCAGGCGUGCGCAAAUAUGAAGUCUGGUGCCGGAACACUCAGCCUCCCAGCGCAUGGCAAUCGUGGGGCAUCCCCAUCCUCAUCGCCCUCUUCGCGCUCCUCCUCGUGCUGCUCGUGCUGCUGGCAGCCUGCCUGCAGCGCGCCAAGUUCUUCCAGACCCAGCAGCAGGUGGCGGAAGCAGAUAGGCUGAGACGGCAGGCGGAGCGUGCAGAGGCGUCUAAGAGCAUGUUUGUCGCGUGCAUGUCUCAUGAGCUCAGAACACCCAUGGUUGGGAUAACUGGCAUGCUCGACGCUCUAGCAGACAUGGGUCUCAACUCCUCCCAGCUAGCAGAUCUCCUCAUGGGGGGAGGGGGGGAAGCAUCAGCAAGCAUGCUUGACGCUCUGGCGGACAUGGGCCUGAAUGCCUCUCAGCUAGCGGAUCUCCUCAUGGCUGGGGCAUCGGCAAGAGAUGCACUGCAUCUGGUCAACCGCGUGUUGGACCUGGCGAAGCUGGAUGCAGGCAAGGCGGUGGCGGAUGAGACAGUGGUUGAUGUGCGUGAGUGGCUUCGUGCUGCUUUGGAUUGGCACACACAACUCAAAGCAGCAAGGAGCGUUUGA